AUGGUAGCAACAGUAUACAAAGAGACGAUGGAUAUUUUUUCUUCAAACAAAAGAAAGCACGGCGAUAAUGAUAGCAAUAAUGGUAAUAAAUUGUCAAAUAAAAAAAUUAAGACCAAUAGCACCAAUAAGACCAAACCAUACACUUCAAAUAGAGGCAAAAGGGGUCCCCAACAAAACUUUAAUUUUGAAGUUAUCGCAAAAGAAAUCGAUCAACUUGAGGUUGAUCAUUCCACUUUGAUAAAUCUCAAUCAUAAGGUUAAAUGGCCUUCCAAACCACUCGACAUUGAAGACAUGCCACACUACAACACAUUGCAUCAAAAAGAAGCUGAAGUCGCAUCCUCGCUUCGAAUGUCACCUUUGCAGUACCUAGAAUCAAAAAAGAUACUGAUUACAUCUGCAAGGGAAUAUAGGCAACAACAAAUCGAUUUCAAGAAAAGUAACGCACAAAAAUUAUUGAGGGUCGAUGUGAAUAAGGCCAAAAUGAGCUGA